UCAGCUCGGCGCAUCCCCUCUACUGGACGAAGUGCGACCAUUUUGCAGGGGGGAGAGGCGAGUGGUGGCGAUUGACGGCGCACAGGAGCCAGAUCUGGGGUGCGGGGCGGCGGCCUGAGUCGCUGGACCCGGGGACUGACGGCCCCCGGGAGGGCGAGCGAGAACGGCGCCGACCGGGCUCGGUUCUUUCGUCUCCUUAGGCACCCGUGCCCGCCUCAGGGCCUCCAUUUAACCCGCCAAGAUGUCUAGGCCCGUCAGGAACAGAAAAGUGGUGGACUACUCACAGUUUCAGGAGUCAGAUGAUGCAGAUGAAGAAUAUGGCAGAGAUUCAGCCCCUCCAGCCAAGAAAAUUCGUUCAUCACCAAGGGAAGCAAAAAAUAAGAGGCGGUCUGGAAAGAAUUCUCAGGAGGAUAGUGAAGACUCAGAAAAAGAUAUGAAGACAAAGAGAGAUGAUUCUCACUCAGCGGAUGAAGAUUUUGGCAGUGAGGAUGACUUAGGAGCAGAUGAUGGCAAAGCUGAUAGUGACUAUGAGAGUUCUCAAAAGAACAAAAAAGGGAAAAAAGUGAAACCUGACAAGAACAAAAGAGCAACUUCCAAAUCCAGGAAAAGGGCUGCAGAGGACAGUGAGGAUGAGAAAGAAGAUCAGAAAAAUGUGCGCCAGCAGCGACAGGCAGCAUCCAAAGCUGCUUCCAAGCAGCGAGAAAUGCUCAUGGAUGAUGUGGGCAGUGAGGAGGAAGACCAGGAAGAGGAGGAGGCAUCGUUUCAGGAAAAAGAGUCUGGCAGCGAUGAAGACUUCCUUGUGGAAGAUGAUGAUGAUAGUGACUAUGGCAGUUCAAAAAAGAAGAACAAAAAAGUGGCUAAGAAAUCCAAACCAGAAAGGAAAGAAAAGAAAAUGCCUAAACCAAGGCUAAAGGCUACAGUUACACCUAGUCCAGUGAAGGGCAAAGGGAAGGGAGGCCGUCCCACAGCUUCAAAGACAUCAAAAGAAAAGACCCCAUCCCCAAAAGAUGAUGACGAAGAGCCUGAAAGUCCUCCAGGAAAGAAGAAAUCAGUUAGUCCUCCUCCAGACAAAUCUGGGGAUGAAGGGUCUGAAGAUGAAGUCCCCUCUGGUGAAGAUUAAAUGGUGGUGUGGGAGAGAAACUUUUUUUGAGAGAGCGAGAGAG